GGGGGGAAGACGGGCCUUCUUUGAGCCGGAAGAGGAAAUGGUACUUUAAGCGUUCAUGGCCGCGCUCUUAGCAACGCGGAGACCGGUGUAGCGAAAGAGGUUUUCGCGGAGGGGCUGAAGGCUUCCUCUCUGCUUCCGAGAGAUGGCGGAGAAGUUCGACUCCCUGGAGGAGCACUUGGAAAAGUUCGUGGAAAACAUCCGGCAGCUGGGCAUCAUUGUCAGCGACUUCCAGCCUAGCAGCCAAGCGGGACUCAGCCAGAAACUGAAUUUUAUGGUUACAGGCUUGCAAGAUAUUGACAAGUGCCGACAACAGCUUCAUGAUAUCAGUGUGCCUUUGGAAGUCUUUGAAUAUAUAGAUCAAGGUCGUAAUCCCCAAUUAUAUACUAAAGAAUGCUUGGAAAGAGCUCUAGCCAAAAACGAACAAGUGAAAGGUAAAAUUGAUACUAUGAAGAAAUUCAAAAGCCUAUUGAUUCAGGAACUGACUAAAGUGUUCCCAGAGGACAUGGCUAAGUACAAAGCUAUUCGGAGUGAAGAUCCUUCUCCAUAAUUAUAUUUUCACUUGUCCUGUACUUUCUUCCAGACUCUGGUGAUAUAUUUAUAUGAUAAUAAUUGACAGCUUGAGAAGUGAAGAUGUGUUCAACUAAAAUACUGAUUAAAUAUUGUAUCUCUUG